AUGAGGAGUGCUGAAAUCCUGAAGAUGACAAACCCUAUGAACAACCCGCAGUCGCCGCGGCCGAGCAAGGAGGUUGUGGCACUCAAGGACGUGACGACAAGCAAGUACGACGCGAUCACGGCGUCGUUGGAAAGCCUUAAGGGAGUUACUGAGCGUACAGCCGAGGCCUCGAAGGGCUUGAUCGGUGCCAUUGAAGCCAUGGGUGACCAGAUCAAGGCGUCGAUCGAGGAGAUGUGCAAGAGCGUGGCUGAAACUAUUUGCAGAGCCCUCACAGCGACGAUGAAGGAGGUAUUGACUUGGGUUCUCAGGAACCGCGAGCAACCGGCCAUCCUGGCACUGGUGGCAGCGCCAUUGAUGGACGAGGAAAGCCGCACAGCCCAGGCAACUCCGACGAGACGGUGGCGGCAAAGGAGGUGGCCGCGGGACGUGAGAAGCCGCAGGGCACGGGAAAUGGCGACAAAGGAGGUGACCGUAGGACUGGACGGGAGAGCUUCGGCCGGUAGCAAUGGGACGCCGAGGAGCUCGACCGGGCCGUGUGUCCGCGUCGCCGAGGAAGGAGGCAAGGGCGUGAUUGGCGUGCCUGGGCCGGUGUUCAGCGGGCCAGGCUUACUUCCGGUAUCGACGGUCCAAGAGCGCGACAAGGCCCAUGGAAAGAAAAAGAUGGCGGGGUACGAAGGAGAGUCGGGGCCGACUGGGCCCGGUGGAGGUGAGCCGUGGCCGCCUGGGCCCGGGGGAGUUGAACCGUGGCCGACUGGUCCCGGGGGAGGUGACGAGGUGAGCUUCUCGGCCCAGGAAGGGUGGUGGGUGGACCCAGAACCCGACGGGGCUUGA